UUAAACGCAUAUAAUUCUGCCACUAUGUUUUGUAUUCGUCAAGACAGUCGUUUAACUCGUGGUAAAGUUAACAAAUCGUAUGUUGAGGUCAUCUUUAGUUGACAGUCGUUCGUGUGACGCGAAGCUAAUGCUAACGCUAACGAUCAUACCUCGUAUCCAUAUCUAACUGUUAGCUGUUUGUCUAUUCACAUCAGAAUAUGUUAGUUGUAUUCUGUCAAAUUGUAUGCUGUGUUUAGCUCUUUAUCUUAAUAUAAAGGUAUUUUUUGUUUUAUCAUGUACCAAAGUAAGCUAGCAUGCUACUUGAUUUUGCUGGCUUACUUGCUAACAGAUUCCAUGUUAGUAAAUGUAAGAUAGUUUUACUGUGUUAAUUUCACCACCACUUGAUAAUCUUACACUAAAUACCAUUAUAUGCUGCUGUAACAAGAGUAUUAUAUAUUUUCCUUAUUUAAAAACGCACAGUGUUGCUCAGUCAUUGUUUACAUGGCCACUUUGGGCUUUACUCCUGCUAGUGAGCAGGAUUUUUUCAGCUCUGAAACUGUACAACAGAGUAACUCUAAAACUAAAGAUGCACUCAGUGGAAAAGAGGCUAGGCAGUUUUAUGAAACCUUGAUGAGAGAUGUUGACGAGGGACAAAAAACAUCAAAUCAUGUUAAUAAACGAAAGAAGAGAGAGUCUAGGAGAAAAAGCAAGCGGAGAGUGGUGGUCGCUGAAGUGCAGCAGGGUCAGACUGGUCCACCAGUGCAAAGACAGACCAGUGGAGAAGUCGAAGGCAGAAGAGAGACGACAAGACAAACAAGCAACUCAGAAAGGGUUGAAGAGCUUCAGGGUCUCAGGUUUCUGCGUUGUGCCCAUGAAGGAGACAUUUCUGGACUUAGAGAGCUGCUCUCGAAGGGGAUCGACAUAAACUUUCAGGAUACUUUCUUUUGGACAGCAAUGAUGUGUGCGAGCUGGUCUGGACAAAGAGCUGCAGUGAGGCUGCUGCUGGAACAUGGAGCAGCCUGGGUUGGCGUGGUUGACGUACAGGGCAGGGAUGCCAGAGAUCUGGCACUGGAAGCUGGCCACAAUGAGGUGCUUGAGGAGUUUGAGAACUAUGGGAGAAGUGAUCAACAACACACGACAUCUGAUGGCAGCGCCCUCCCGGCUCAGUGGUGUGGUGUGUGUUGUUGCCAAUACAGCAGCAGCCUGUCGUCCCACCUCUCCUCCACUCUGCACCAGUUCAGUCUGCAGCAUCCUCCAACCACACCCAGAUACUGUCUGCCCCCGUCCAGCAACAGCUACAAGAUGAUGGUGCGUUGUGGCUGGACACCAGGGACAGGACUGGGACCAGAGGGAGAGGGACCUCACCAGCCAGUACCUACUGUGCUGAAGAGAGACCACAAAGGUCUGGGGUAUGGACAGACGAAAAGAGCCAAAGUUACACAUUUCAAAGCAAGAGAUCGUGAUGCUGUGAAACCACCAUCCACAGUCAAAGAGGAAACGGGAGGGAAAGGGAAGAGGAAGGAAGAGAACAGGAGAAAAGAGCAAAUGGAUAAGACUUGGGAAAGAGACUUUCGUGCCUCUUUUUAUCUUUGACAUGUGCUCACAGUAACUUUCACUGGCCAUAUAUUUUUAUCUGAACAGACUGUAAAGACUUUAGUUAAAUGGAGAGACAACUGAGACAUUAGUUUUUCCACAUGUGGAACUGAAUUUUGAAAAGGGUCCAGCUGGACAUUCAGGGUAACGGCAUCAACAGUUGGAACCGUAGUAAACAAGCUAGAGCAUGGAUUUCCGACCCGACAACAAUCCAGAAAUGAUAAUUGGGUCAGGUUUGAUCAUGACAGUUGCGUGGUAUUGUAACUGCUUAAUCGGAAAUACAGUGUGAACAUUUUAAAAACACAUGUGUAACACAUUAAAAUAAGUGAUAAUUUAAGGGCUGAUUGACCUAGUGUUCCUGUUUAGAAGAGGAUUUAACUAUUUAUCACACUGAACGCAACGCACAACCGGUUGAAGCCAGCCACAGUGGAUGUUCUUUUCCUUCACAACAACUCAAACCACGAUAUUUGGAUUAUAUAAACUGUUAUCAGCGGUUACAGUUUAACAAGAGUCGAUCAAAAAUAACUUCGUGUUGGCGAGUCUGAAAUUUUAUUAUGCUCAUCAGUGCUGCUGAUAACUUCUAAGGGCUGCGUGUGAGUGUUCAUGGAGUGAGUAGUUGCUUCCUCUUGGAUGGAACGGUGACCUUUUUCCCAUUUUCCUUCACCAUAGAUAAGAACUAUAAAAAUAACCACCUUCUUGACGGUCAGAGUAGCUUCAGUUUACUAACUUAACUGUGUUUGGCUGUGGUCAGGCUCAAACAAAAUGAAUCUUCUAAAACAAUCUAGGAUAUUGCUCCAUGUUGAAAAUGUGCCUAACCCAUAUCUGACAUCUGCAUUUACACUGGUUUACACUUGAGGAAAAUAAUUGGGUCACUUGCAUCAUGCAGUGUAAAUGCAUUCUUAAUGUAGUGGAAUCAUUUUGACCCUGUAAAGCAUCAAAAAAAGAUCAAGGAGUGCUCACUCUGUGGCUACUUUUGGGGUCCAAAAUGUAGAGUUUUCAAUCUUUGAAUUAUAAUCUAAACCCCUACAUAUAUUUCUUUUUUUUUUAUUUAUUCAAAACUGUUACUUUUUUUUUUCCCCUCACUGAGCUUAAAAUAAUGACCUUUACCUCAAACGUGAUAGUGUGUCCUCUGUGCGGUCAGUUGAACCUCUGCCUGCCGGUGCAAUGACCACCUGCAUUUUUUUUAAUCUCUUCCCAGAAGGUUGUGUUUUCAGCCACAUUUGUUUGUCUGUCUGUAACCAAAUGGGUUCAAUGUGUAUAAAAAUAAAACCAACGUGACAGAUA